AUGUAUAUGCAGAAUUCAUCAUCGAACAAUCUCUUCGGAUCACUUAACAACCAAGGAAACAAUGCAAAUAAGGGUAUAUUUGGAAAUGCAAACACUCAGUCAAACCUAACGAACACAAACCAUUCUUCCAUUUUUGGAGUUUCCAAAACACAACAAUCGAAUAAUGCGCCAGUAAAUAAAAAUAUAUUUAAUGUGAAUACAAGUUCCACAGGAUUAAGUGUAAAUAAAGGAUUAUAUGACAAUAUGAACAAUCAGUCCAGCCUAAGUAACAAGAAUAUAUUUGGAGGAUCAAGCGCGGGAAAUAGUGGAAAUCAAGGAAGCAUGGGUGGAAAUAAUAUGUUUAUGAAUUCAAGUAAUCAGAAUAAUUUAAAUAUGAAAAAUAUAUUUGGUGGUACAUCAAAUUUAAAUGCUUCAGGAACAAACUUAUCGAAUAAAAGUAUUUUUGGAGGUUUACAACAAAAUAAUCAAAGUUCUACUAUAUCAUCCAGUAAUCUUUUUGGAAAUUUAUCACCUAAUCAAACAAGCUCAGGAAAUAUGUUUGGUAAUUUGUCUUCCCCGAAUCAAAAUAAAGGAAAUAGUUUAUUUGGAACAUCAACGCAAUCAAACCAAACAACUGGAAGUAAUAUGUUUGGAAAUGCAUCAUCAUUGGGACAGAACAAAGGUGGUGGGCUUUUUGGCGCAUUACAAACUUCCACUCAAAGUAGUACAAGCAAUAGUAUGUUUGGAAAUGCAUCUGGUUUGAAUCAAAAUAAGAGUAAUAAUAAUCUCUUCGGAGGAAUGUCUAGUACCCCUUCUACAAGUGCAGGGUCGGGGAAUUUAUUUGGAAAUGCGUCCACAAUGAAUCAGAAUAAAACAGGAGGUGGACUUUUUGGUGCGUUACAAACUCCAAUUCAAGGAACUACGAAUAGUAUGUUUGGAAGUGCAGCAGGAAUGAACCAAAAUAAGGGAAGUAGUUUAUUUGGUGGUACUUUUGGAACACCAACGCAAUCAAACCAAACAACUGGAAGUAAUAUGUUUGGAAAUGCAUCAUCAUUGGGACAGAACAAAGGUGGUGGGCUUUUUGGCGCAUUACAAACUUCCACUCAAAGUAGUACAAGCAAUAGUAUGUUUGGAAAUGCAUCUGGAUUGAAUCAAAAUAAGAGUAAUAAUAAUAUCUUUGGAGGAAUGUCUAGUACCCCAUCUACAAGUGCAGGGUCGGGGAAUUUAUUUGGAAAUGCGUCAACAAUGAAUCAGAAUAAACCCAGUAGCGUUUUUGGAAAUUUACAAUCAUCUAAUCAAAGCACAACAAGUAGCAACAACAUGUUUGGUAAUUUAUCAACCAAUCAAAACAAAUCAACCACAGGAGGAAAUAUCUUUGGAGGAAUGUCCACAACAUCAGGAACAAGCACAAAUACAGGGAUGAAUAAUAAUUUAUUCGGGAGUACAGUACAAGGAAGUCAAAAUAAAACAACUAGUAACAUUUUUGGUUCAUUGUCAGGAGGAACUCAAGCUGGUAGUAGUAACAGCUUGUUUGGUACUACAACUACUCCAGCUGCAAGCAUGGGAAGUACCAACAUGUUUUCAUCUAGCAUGACAACUCCAAAUAGCCAAAAUAAAUAUAAUAACAUAUUUGGACAAGCAGGAACAACUGGUCAGAACACAUCAGUGAGUUCUGUUGCGACAGGUAUUGCACCCACAUCUUCAUUAGGAGCAGCACAAAGUGGUAGCACUAAUAAUAUAUUUGGAAAUGUAUCAACAGGUACGAAUAUAGGGGGUGGUGUAGGUGAUAAUAAAAAUAUAUUUGGAACAUCGUCUGGUUUUUCGUUAGGUACUGGAAAUGUCAAUGCGGGUUCAACCACAGGAGUUGGAGGAAUGGGAGCUGGGUUUGGCAUUGGUGGAGUUGGACUAGGUUUAGGAACAAAUAUGGGUACAAAUAUGGCGACCUCAGGUAUGGGUACUAACAUUUCCCCAAACAUGGCUUCACAUAUGUCAUCAAACGUGGCAUCUAACGUGGCAUCGAACGUGGCAUCAAACAUGGCGUCAAAUUUUGCAUCUAACGUAACUUCAAACAUGGGUUCAAAUUUGAACACGAGUUUAAAUAUGGGAACCAAUGCAGCAACAGCUUCCAACGCAAGUGGAUCAAGUCUAUUUGGUGGCUUAGGUGUAGGACUGAAUAAAAAUUUAGGCUCGAACAUUAUGAUGGGUAGCAAUAAUUUGAGUAUGGGGAUAAGCACAGGUACUACAGCUAGUGGGACAUCAACAAAUAUGUUUUUAGGAGAUAAAAGUAUAAAUAGUAAUGCUAGUACAAUAAUAAAUACACAGGAAAAAUUGUUGUCAGAUGAUAAAGGAAAAAUAAAUAAUUUCAUGGUACAGAAUUUUAAAAUUGAUAAGAAAAAUGAAAUUGGUAACUGUAAAGAUGAUUUAGGGAAAUCCACUGAAGACUUAACAAUUGUAAAAAAAAAAGAAAAUAUUUUUGAUAAAGCUUAUGAAGACGAUGAUAUGUUUAGUGAAAAUGAGUCAGAAGGAACAUUUUACAAUUAUAUUAAUUUAAUUAUAAAUGACAACAUAAAUGAUAUACAGAAGACAACAUUUUCUCUAUUGAAUGAUCAUGAUUCGUUAAUGUGGGACAGCUUUAAAAGUAAUAUUUUCAAAAAUUUUGUAGAUUAUUUAGUUAAUUUUAAACAGAAAAAAAAUCAAAAAAUUGCUAAAAGUAAUGUGUUAGAUUUAGAUCAACAUGAAUUUCAGAUAUUAAUUUGGCUGUACAACGUGAAUUCAUAUAAAAUUGAUUUCAUUCCGUUUAAGAGUUUUUAUUAUUUAUUAUUAAGUGACACCAAUUUAAAUUAUUCUAAAAUUUUUAUUGGAAAUAGAGAUAAAAAUAUAUUUCCAGGGAGUUUUGUGGAAAUUAAUGAUCAUUAUUACAUGAACUCAAAAAGCCAUUUUUUCAAAUCACAAAUUAGUAAAUAUCAAGAAAGUACCAUUAUUUCAAGGCGAGACAAACGACGGGGCAGAGGAGGUGGACAAGGUGUGACAAAUGUAAGUGCGUUAGAUGUAGAUUCCAUUUACAAGCAGGUUUUAAAAGAUAUUUUAAAUAGCUUAUUAAACAUGAAUUUAUCUAUAACCAAGGAAAAUAUAAAAAAAAAGGAAAAAGAAGAAUAUUAUGAAAGCACGGAUAAUAAUAAAGAUAAGAUAAAUUCAGGCAUUAAUUAUACAUACGAAAAUUUGUUAUUAAAUUAUUUAUUUGGAACAUUGCAGCAUUUACAUGAUAAGUUUUACAAAAUUGAAAUAAGUAAUUAUGUUGCCAAGGAUUUAAAUCAGAUAGACGAAUAUUUUGUUGAUUCCAAAUCUAAUGCUAUUUUUUCCUAUUGUUAUGACAAUUUUUAUAAAAAUGAAAUGGAUAAGGAAAAUUGCACCAUCCAUUUUUUCUUUUAUCUAGUCAAUAUAAUGUUUCGUUGUGGAAAUUAUUUAGGGUUAAUUCAGAUAAUAAAAGGGGAUGAGUUUGUGAAGAACUUAAGUAUUGAUAAUUACCUAUACGAUUUCGUGAUACUGUUAAUAAGAAUUUUAUUCUUAAUUUAUAAUAAAAAUAACGAAAUAAAUAUAUUCGAAAAUAUCAAGAUCGAUAUCGAUUGUACAGAUAUAUUAAAGAAAAAAAUUAACAUGUCUGUUUUGAUUAAUUUUUUCCAUUCCAUUAUAUAUCUCUGUGUUAAUAAUAUAUAUGCAUACGAUUUGUUAUGCGUUUUGUUUUCGGAUAUAUUUUAUAAAAAGGGAAAUAUGUACACCAAUAGAGAGAAAAAAAUGGAGAUGAAAAAUAUAUUUCACUAUUUUAGUGAAAAGAGUCCUAGUUAUGAAAACAAUAGUGAUGAUAAUGAUGAUAACGCCACUCGUAUUGGUGCUAAUGGUAAUGUGGGAUCAGGAGUUGAGAAGGGUUACAUGAGAGAAACACAUCGAGAUCGAAGAUCCAUGGGUCAGUACAGUGAUGAUUACUACCAAAAUCAGAAUGAUCAAUAUUGGGGUAGCUUCUAUGAUGACAAGAAUCGAAGACGUCAAGGGAAGGAUGCUCGAAGUUGUAGGAUGUCGAGCAAUCAGCAAAAUGCUGAUCAGAACGAGGAUAUGAUUGAUAUUGAAAUGAGAAAGAGUAGUAGAUAUAGGAAUAAAAACAGGAUAGAUGAGAAUAUUAAUAAUGGAAAGGAGCAGGGGAGGAAGGGAUACAAUAGUAGCGAUGAAAAUAGUAAGUUUGUGAAAGAUAAGAAAGGGGAAAAAAGUAAAGAAAAAACCUUUUUUUUUGACAUUUUUACAAAUAUGCUUCAGAAACCGAAUAAAUCUAAAGACGAUGCUUUUGGAAAUAUAGGAAUAAAUGAAGAAAUGGAGGAUAGAAUGAAUAGAGGUUCUGGACAAAUAAGUAAUAUCGAAUCGUUAGGAAUCACAAAUAGGUAUGGUUAUAAUUUUGAAUACUGUAACAUCGAAACGAGUAUUUGGAUUGAGUUAACAUUAUUUCUUGCGAAAAAUUUUGAUUUGUAUGGAAGUAAAUUUCAAGAAAAUUUUGAUAUUCUUGAUACGAAUUUAAGUUUUUAUAAUUAUGAUGAUGAUAAUAACGCGUUUUUAAAUGACACAAAAUAUAGAAGGGAGAAAAUAAAUAACAAAAUUGAAAAAUUAUUUAUUUGUAUAUCUAACUGUAUUAUUAAUGAAAACAGAGAAUACUUUUCUGUGUGUUCUAAGCUGAGAGUUGAUGAAGUGAUAAAUAAUUUUGUUGUAGUAGAUGGGAAAAUAGCUGAGAAGGUCAAGGGAAAUAUAUCAAAAGUUUUAAGGAACAAUUUCGUAUUAUAUAUUAAGUUAUUUUAUUAUUUAUUAUUAGUAGGAAAUAUAUAUACAACUGUAGCGUUUCUAUCAUGUAUAUCUAACAAUGUUCAGAGAAUUCUCCUAGUAUUGACUAUAUUUUUACAUAAAAACAAUAUUUUUGAAAAUGAAAAAUUGAAUAAUAUAAAAUUAAAAACGUUGCAUUUUUUAAAAUUAAAAAAUGAAAGCGAUUCAUUUUUAGAUCAUUCUAUACAUGAUAUUAACGACGAUAUCCCUUCCGCUGCUGCCGCUGCUGCUGCAGCGGUAGAAGCAACAACAACAGUGGUAACAUCAUCAGCAGACAAAAUGAAUUUAAUUUUCAUAAGCAUGAAUAGUAUUGAUAUCCCAUUUUAUUAUUUUGUUCUUAGAAAUAAUAACAUAAAUAUUUUAUUAAAAAUUACGUAUAUACUUAAUUUAAAAACAAAUGUAAGUAUAAAAUUGUUAAAAAGUAUCGUACAGGAAAAUCAAGAUAUCUUAUUAAAUGAAAGCAUAGUUGGGCAUAUAAAUAAUGAUGGAAAUAUAUUCUAUGGGAAAUUACAUGACUUUUUAUUUAUAUUUAAAAAUAAAGUAAAAAUAAGAAAAGAUGUCAAAUGCUAUUUUUUAAUGUAUUACGUUCUAUAUAAAAAGAGAUUUUUUCACAAUACUAAAUUGAGUAAAAAGAAAAAUGAAAAUGAUGAAGAAUAUCAUUACAAAUGUAGGAAUUUCAAAUAUGUUCAGAAUAAAAAUAUUAACUCCUUGAAUAGAAUAUCACUAGACAACUCUGUCAUCAGUGUGCACCCAUCUAUUCUAUACAAAAUAUCCCAGAUUUAUGCUAUACUGGCUUAUUUUGCCAACCAGCGAAAGAACUACAUAAUUUCGUUCAUAUGUUAUUACAUCCUCAAGGACGAGCAUAGCGCAAUCAAUUCCUUGAUUAGGAUUUACAAUGAUGAACUUAUAUACUACUACCACAACAAUGAGCGGGAGUACGUUUAUAUUCGCAAGUGUGCCUUUCGAUUUUAUCACUUGGCUAGGAAUAUGUGGCCCUCAAAUGUAAAGCUAGAAUCAAUAGAAAACAAAUCGUACCUAAUUCUAAGCAUCCUAUUUAUGAAAAGAAAAAUGUUUGAAGAAGCAUUUGUAAUUUUUUCGUCCACCUUAAUACCCAACAACAUGCUAGAGAAACUGUCCACAGCGGAUUACUACAAUAUUGAUUUGUCUUCCAACUUUUUAAUGACUUUGCGGGAGUUGUGUAGGAAAAAUUAUCGGCUUGUAGGACAGACAACUCUUCACGCUGUUGUUAAAUUUUUAUUACCUAUUAAGGAUAAAUUAGAUGUGCAAGUUGUUGAGAGUAUUAACUAUUUGAGUGCAUUAAGUUUUUAA